AUGGAGGUGCUAUCGGCUCUAAUGAGGAAGGCGAAAGAAGUAGGAAAGUUUCGGGGGUUCAAGGUGGAUUCGGAUGGGGAGGUUGAUUUGCUUCAAUUUGCGGAUGACACAAUUAUUAUUUCCGAGCGAGACACGACAAAUCUUUGGAGUAUGAAAACUAUUCGUAGAGGAUUUGAGUUAAUGUUGGGUUUGAGAAUCAACUUCAAUAAAAGUAAUAUUUACGGGAUUAAUGUGGGGGAAUGGUUUCUUGAUGCGGUCUCGAAUUUUCUUGCGUGCAAAGUGGGAAGUCUAUUGUUUAAAUUUUUGGGUGUUAAAGUGGGCGGUAAUCCAAGAAAAAUCUCAAUGUGGAAAGAUUUGAUUUCUUUUUUGAAGAAGAGUGGCGGAGAUCUCGUAAAAUCGAUACAUUGGAUUUGUUGGGAUACCGUUUGUAAACCGAGAGAGGAAGGGGGCUUAGGUGUGAGAAAUGUGGAAAUCAUGAAUGCGGCUCUUAUUAGCAAAUGGAAGUGGAGGAUUUUAACCGAAAAAGAGGCGGUGUGGUGUAAUGUCUUAAAAGCUAGAUAUGAUAAUGUGAAACUUAAAGUGUUGAUUGGAGAUAUCUCAGUGGGGGGUAAACAUGAUUCAAUAUGGUGGAGAGAUGUAUUGAUUUCGGAUAACUAUGAGAGAAUGGGUGAUAGGCAUUUUGCGAGAGCAGUAGAUUGUACCGUGGGGAAUGGUAAGGAGACCCCGUUUUGGAUGAACCUGGACCGUAACAGAAUUGCUGGAUUUGAGCUUGCUGUCGGAUGCGGGCAGCAGCAGUAUCACGACCCUUGUGCAGGAUCUUUCGGCUAUGCUGCAGCAGUGCUGCCUUCGUGA